AGGCCAACCAGCCAACUUGUCCUUCGAGAUGAGCAAGUCAAGCAGCCUCUUCCUCUCUCGCAUAUCUCUUUCGUUCUUUCACCAUUUCUGUGCUUGUGCAAUACUCGUCCAUCCCCUUCAGCCGACCGGUCCAAGCUGAACCCGCCGGCAGCGCCGGACAAGGUCCGCUCCGCCUCCAGCCUGCCCAGGCUCAACCUGUCCGGUCUGUGGUCGUCCACUCGCCAUUCCGGCCGGCCACGACGUCUCCACACGCCCGGACUGCCGCCCUCCGAGAGCCUCUCGAUGCAGGCCAGCCUGUUGCGCCAGUUCGGCGGCAGUCUGCCCGGCUCCGGUUCCGGCGUCGACAGCCUCGGCCAAAGCCCGGCCGGCCGCCUCGACGCACUCCUCCCCGCCGGCGCCCAGUCCGAGUCCGGCCCAACGAGACCGGCCAGACCGGCCACCGCCGGCCUCUCGAGACGCCGGCACUUGGAGCCGGCCGAGACGACGGCUCGGACGGGCCGAAGUCUGCGCCGACGCGACGCCCAGUCUGGCGAGGCAGCCGGCGCCGAACAGGCGCCACGGAGCGAGACUUUCGCUCUUCGAUGGACCGACGGCCGGAGACAUUUGCAGACGCCGUCCAGGCGGUUGCCGCUAUCGCGAAAUCCUGUCGCCGGUGCCAGCUCUGCGGGGAGCGCCCGGCAGCCGGGCCCGUUCGACCAAUCAGGCCGUGCCUCCAGAACCCCCUCGGCCGAGCCGACCUCUGGUGCACCCAGUUUGGCCGCCCCCCUCCGCCCCGAGGGCAGCAACAUCGGCCAGCUGUUGCACGACCUCAUAUCGGCCGGACAAGCCCGUGGCUCGUCGGUCGCUAGUUCGAGCCCCCUCGAA